AAUUACAGUCCAUGUUUGACACCAAAACUAUUCCUAAUGUUGUUCAACAUUAAGUAUGGAAUCUGGCUAAUAUGUCUGAACCAACAUUAACAAGUAUGAUGUUUUACUGCAGAUAACCAAAAUGAUUCUUGAUUCCUUAAAAACAAUAACCCAAUAUUGGUUUAAAAAGAACUAUGGUUAUAAAAUUCCUUAAACAUCGAAGGUAAUUCAGGUGUCCAAAGAAGAGAAAGUAGAGGAUCAUGAUCAUAUAGCCUUCGAGUUCUCGGACCCCUCAGCUAGCACACAACAGAUCUAAUCCGGGAUUUGACCCGGCUUUGUGCUAGACUGGCCCGAAUUUGAUAAAAAAAAAAUGAUAUUUAUCAGAUCUAAAUAUCUAAUCCAAUCUAAGGUCAUGAUCAUGAGUUAGUUAGACUGCUCAACUCUAAAACACAAAACAAUAUUAUUUCAUUAUGAUUUUUUAAUGAAGAAAGUAAAAAACUCAAGACUAGAUUCCAAUAUAAUAUUCAAAGCAUGCGAAAAGAGAUCAAGAAAAUCUCCACAAAAUCCGACAAGGAAACCUACGUGCACAGUUGUAAACUGCUGAGCGGAGUGAAGUAAAGUAAAGUAAGGCGGCAGAGGCACAUAAUGUCCUCAUAAUUGUGAGUUUACUAUGGUAACUGUAAGAGAGACCUAAAUUUUAAUAAAUGAAAUGCUUUGAAUCUAAUUUCUUAUUAAUUACAAUGUCGACAUUCUUCCAACACUUAAGACUUGUACAUUCAUAAACAUCUCUUUCGAAAAAUACAAAGUCAACAACAAACAUUAAUUUCUUACAUUUUUUUUAAUUGUUAAUUAGGAAAAUAUAUAUAGAAAGUAAUUUAAGGGAAAAUAAUUGAGUUUUUAAUAUAAGGAUAUAAUUGAGAAAUGGUCUCAUGUACAUCAUUUUAUCAAUAUAUUUCCUUAUUUAAGCCUUAAUUGGAUGCUUUUUUUGACAAAUAGAGCAUUGGAUGUCCUCAUUAUUUCUUCACUGUUUAACACCAUCACUACUAGUUUACAGAAUUAGUCACUAACCUAGCUACCUGUCAUAUAUAGUUCUUAAUUAUGUGAUUAUUAGAGCAAGACAAUUACCUGUUUAACCCUGCAAUUCUCAUCAAUUCACUCACCCUACCACACCAAACAAAAUAUAUCUGAAUACCCUUUUGGUAAUUUACCUCCCUCCAUGUAAAUACUUGUCCUAAUUUUAAAAAAAAAUCGAAAAUUCAUGAUGCCAUCCGAAUAGUGUACAGCAAUUUAUAAAGAGUAAGAGGGGAUCACGUUUCUCUGUAUAAAUCAAAGUACAAUAGCAAUAUUUUCACACAGAAUCUGCCUCAAGAACUGCCUGCCUACAUCUUCAAUCCCUUUCCUUCACUUUGCUGACAAUUUUUCUCUUGAUCCCAUCAUCAUGCAGAAUUUUAUCAAUUUUUAUUUAACCUUCAUUUGCUUGCUUCUACUACUCCCUACUCUUGCUUUAGGAGAAUGCACAUGUGAUGCAGGAGGAGGAGAAGGCAAAAAUAAAUCUGAGGCCUUGAAAUACAAAGCCGUAGCAAUUGCUUCUAUCCUUUUUGCGGGUGCAGUUGGAGUUUGUCUUCCAAUUCUUGGAAAAACUAUCCCCGUUUUAAGCCCUGAAAAGAAUAUUUUCUUCAUCAUCAAAGCUUUUGCAGCCGGUGUUAUAUUGUCGACAGGCUUUAUUCAUGUGCUUCCUGAUGCUUUUGAUAGCUUGACAUCGCCAUGCCUAGGUGAAAAUCCUUGGGGUAAAUUUCCCUUCACGGGGUUUGUGGCAAUGGUGUCGGCAAUCGGGACUUUAAUGGUGGAUUGUCUUGCAAGUUCUUAUUAUACUAGGUUGCACCUCAACAAGGCUCAACCAGAGGAGAGUAGGGAUGAGGAGAAGGCAGCAGUAGAGGCUCAUGAGGGUCAUGCUCAUACUCAUGCAACUCAUGGCCAUUCUCAUGGCUUAGUGGAUAGUUCUGGUUCUGGUCCAUCUCAGCUUAUUCGCCACCGGGUUAUUACACAGGUUUUGGAGUUGGGAAUUGUGGUGCACUCGGUGAUUAUAGGAGUUUCUUUAGGAGCUUCUGAAAGUCCCAACACAAUAAGACCUCUAGUGGCUGCCCUAAGCUUUCACCAAUUUUUUGAGGGUAUGGGACUUGGUGGAUGCAUUACUCAGGCGAAAUUCAAGACCAAAACUAUUGUGAUAAUGGCACUCUUCUUCUCCCUAACAACCCCAGUUGGCAUUGCAAUUGGCAUAGGCAUAGCAAAUGUCUAUAAUGAGAGCAGUCCUAAUGCUCUUAUUGUGGAAGGAAUUUUCAAUGCUGCCUCAGCUGGUAUCCUAAUCUACAUGGCACUUGUGGAUCUUCUGGCAGCUGAUUUUAUGCAUCCAAAAGUGCAAAGUAAUGGAGCACUUCAAUUUGGGGUUAAUGUUUCUCUUCUUCUAGGAGCUGGUUGUAUGUCUCUCCUUGCCAAAUGGGCUUGAAGCUUUAGCUAUCUAGAGUCCUUUCUCUCUUGUUUUUUCUUGAAAAUCUUGUAAUGAUAUGAUUGACUUAACUUUUGCUUGAUGAAGAUAGAGAAAGUCAUUUUGCCUUCCAAUUUCUUGGUGUUGUAAAUGUCAUCUCUUUCAUUCGUUUCAUUGUCUUGGAUGAAACAAUUGGCACAAUUUUGAUAAUCAAAAGAGUUGUCUGAAGUCUGUAUGUGAUGACAAUACACCUUUUUAUUUCAUUGUGAAUAUUUCUUUUCAUGAAAAA